AUGUCAGACACUAGUCAAGUACAUCAACGUUCCUCGCAAGCUGACACUGCGGCUCCACUGUUGUGGACUCAUGUGGUUAACUCACGCCGCAAAGGGAACAACAGACAACAACAAUCCAUCGUCUCUUUCAAUCCCACUAUCGUCAAACGACCUGUAACGGAAGCAGAGGCCUCGCAACAGGCCAUCAAUGGGGAUACUUCGCCACCUCCUCAGGCGGUUAUCCGUCCAUUCCUCAAAGGCGUGGAACAGGAUUCCGUCUUCAUCGAUCUGACACCUAUCAAGGAUCGCAAUCUCUUGAACAAGGCUCUUCUUCAAUUCAACGAAGCCUCUAAUGCUGAAGACAUGUAUGAAGAAUUUCUUGGAUACCGGAAACAACCUCGACACUACCUCAACCAUGCCUUCUUGGAAACCAUGUGGCUGCCCAACAGCGAAGGUCGUAAGACUCUCAUUGAAGAAGGUAUCACUCUAGAGGAUGGCACCUUUGUGAAAGGGUUUGCCUCGUACCAUGCUGAUGCUACGAUUGUGAAACUGACCCUGGAGAAUCUUCCUUUCUUGCCGGCCCUUCAGUUGAAGGAGGAAAUGGCUGCCCGACUUUCUGCGUUCGGGGAUGUCUUGGAUCACGGCAUCUCGAGAACUGAUGGGAUCUAUCAAGGAGAAGGUUAUGCUACACUUAAUCUAACGGUUCCUUCCAGCCCUGGUUAUGAAUGUCAAGAGUUACAUCCCGUUGGGAAAUCUUGCCCUGGUCAUCGCCAUUUGGAGAAACUCAGUCGUGUCAUUGUCUGGGAUUUGACAGCUUCGGAUCAAAGAAAAGUUUUACUCCAAUGGGAUCAAAUGCCGGCUUUCUGUCGUAAUUGUCAGAGCUCUGAACACUGUCGGGCUGAUUGUCCUGACUACAAGAAGUGGGUCCGCUGCCAUCAUUGCAAUGAAACUGGACAUGUGGUGAAGAACUGCAGUCGCAAUGACAGCCCAAACAAGGUCCGUGCGGUGGAAAACACUCCUGCCAAACCCCGAAAGGGCUCUCAGGUGGCCAAAGAGGGUAAAAAGGGUACUCAGGGUGGCUCCAAAGUAACUCCUGGUGGUGCUCCAGUUGGAAACAAAGGUAAUGCCCAAGGAAAAGGCCAGGAUGUUGCAUCUGGUGGUUCCCAAGGUGAUUCCGAUAAUCGAACUACUGCUACCCAGCAAGGUAGCACUCAAGGUGACGCUGAUAGUCAAACAGGUGCUAGAAAGCAGGUAGUUGAUAGAGAUGUUCAAAUGGAUGAUCUUCCAAAACUCCAAGUUAAAGAAGUCGAUGGGAAAGGGGCUUCCAAUGAUAUUAUCAUGUACGACUCUUCUACCCAUUCUGCUAAUGAACGAGAGGAGCGCCCUGAACGCCCUGCGAAGAAGAUCGGUAAAUUUAAUGGCGCGGAUGAUGUUAGUUCUGCCAAACAACAAGCUGCAUCUAAUGAAGUAGAGACUGGACAUCAACUCGGCUUGACAGGCCCUCCUUCACCUCCCCAACAUUAA